AUGUUGGAAGAGAAAGAAAACCCAAACCCGAUCUACAUUGUUUUCGAUAUUCUAGAAGAACUAUUCCUACGAUUGCCCUUGAAACCAAUCCUCAAAUUCAAAACCGUCUCAAAACAAUGGAGAACAAUCUUGGAAUCGGAGAUGUUCGUUGCAAGGAGUAUGAAUGUUAAACAGAACCGGAAAAUCCUCGCUGCUCACAACUGCAGCUGCGGCUACAAGCCGAGUCUCCUCCUCGAGUCGCAGUUCGAAGGGGACGAAGAGAUCAUCUAUAUGCAUUUUGAUGCGACGCGACCAAUGUUGAGUUGCAACGGUUUGCUUUGUUUCCCCGAACCAGAUUGUAUCACCGUGUUAAAUCCUUCAACCGGACAGAACCUACGGUUUCCUUCCGGUCAGGAACCAGUGUCCUCCCGGUUUAGAAACGGGUCGGACAUGGUCAUGGGGUUUGGUAGAGACAGAGUUACUGGAAGCUAUAAAGUAGUUAAGGUGUUCGUUGAAUCCAUGUUUGGCGAUUGCGAUGUUCUUGAUGUUGAAAGCGCUGAAUGGAAGAAACUGAGAAGACCUCAUUAUGUGACCAGGUUAGGAAGACAAUCAGUGUGUGUGAAUGGAUCGAUCUAUUGGGAAACCAAGAUUGUGAACCUUGAGAACCGUCUAGCUAUAGCCAAAAUAACGGUAUAUGGAGUUGAAUGUAUACUAGAGAUAUGUAGCAUGAAUGCAGAAGAAGAGAUAUUGAGCAAUACGUACGCCAUAAAUUUAGCUGGUGUACCGGAGUCCAAGUGGUCCAUGUUCACGCCUCUGGCUGUUUCUAACCAAGGGAAUCUUGUCCUCUAUAAUGAUCGCAAGAGUUUGUUUAAAUAUUAUCCUCAGACAUAUGAGCUUCGUUGUCUCUCCUCAGAUAGCUGCGUUCAUGUUAUAUCUCCUUACCUAGAGAAUUUGGCUCCACUUCGGUCAAAAUCAGCACAUCACCCAGGACAUCUAGAUGCAGAUUGUUUUCGAAAAGGGUCACAUUCGGGAUCCUAG